AUCGAUCUUGUUUUCGAUUAAGGACUUAAAAUCCCGGCGUUUGACAGGAGAUUUCUAGAUGUAAACUCUGUAACUGUCGUUACUUUAUCGACAAAGUUGGAAACUUAAUAACAAAUGCUGUAUUUAUAGGCAGCUGACUCAGUUUGACGAUAAAAUUGUGAUGAGUAAACCAAGAAAGCGACCGGAUCUGCGCCUGCCGUCCACCUCUGGAUCUGAGCAACUCGGCUCAGCAGCUGGACUGGAUGGAGACAAGUCUAACACAGGAACUGCAAGCCUUGAGGCAUUGCAGCAGAAGCUGAAAGAACUGGACCUGAAUGACCAGCAAAGAGAAAGACUUGAAUCCUUCCUCACACAGAAACAACAAGUGGGAGAAUUAUGUGCUGAGGAUUUUGAAAAGCUUGGAGAACUUGGAGCAGGGAAUGGUGGAGUUGUUUUGAAAGUUCGCCACAGCAAACUUGGCCUGGUUAUGGCCAGAAAGCUUAUACACCUUGAAAUAAAACCGGCUGUCCGCAAUCAAAUCAUCAGGGAACUCAAAGUCCUCCAUGAGUGUAACUCUCCUUUCAUUGUGGGUUUCUACGGUGCAUUCUACAGUGAUGGUGAAAUCAGCAUUUGUAUGGAAUACAUGGAUGGUGGGUCCUUGGAUUUGAUUUUGAAGAAAGCUGGACGGAUACCGGAACAAAUACUUGGCAAAGUUACAGUGGCUGUUUUAAAAGGACUCUCCUACUUAAGGGAAAAACAUCAGAUAAUGCAUAGAGAUGUAAAACCCUCAAAUAUAUUAGUGAACUCACGUGGAGAAAUAAAGAUCUGUGAUUUUGGAGUGAGUGGCCAGCUCAUAGAUUCCAUGGCCAACUCCUUUGUAGGAACACGAUCUUAUAUGUCGCCUGAGCGUCUCCAGGGAACACACUAUUCAGUACAGUCUGAUAUUUGGAGUAUGGGGCUGUCCCUGGUGGAAAUGGCCAUCGGUCGCUACCCUAUUCCUCCCCCAGACCCAAAAGACCUUGCCAGCAUUUUUGGGGAUGAUGUAUUAGAGGAACAUAAAGAAGCAUCAAAGACCGGCAAACCACUUAAGGGAUCAAACAGAAAUAGCUUUAGCUUCCCCACGCCGCCCGGCAGUGAUGGACCACGCCCCAUGGCCAUUUUUGAGCUUUUAGAUUUUAUUGUCAAUGAGCCUCCACCUAUGCUUCCAAAAGGAAAAUUUUCUGAAGAAUUCAUUGAUUUUGUUGACAAAUGUUUGAAGAAAAACCCAUCAGACAGAGCAGAUCUUUCCUCAUUGAUGAAUCAUCCUUUUGUGACCCGAUCAGAGACAGAAGAUGUAGACAUCGGUCACUGGGUGUGUAAGGUGAUGAAGACAAACUCAGAGACCUAGUGUCCAGAGAUGACAGUAGCUGUGGUUUUUCUUACAUUACACCUGGAGGCACACAGAUGGUAUUGCGAUGUUUUUGGUCCCAGGGAUCGACUGCUGAUGAUUUGAGAAAGAAGCUGCUGGACUUGUAUCAAUUGUUUAUCACAGUGUAGCAUGUAUUAGAGGUUGGGGGAAGUGUGCUGGGCACUGUCACAAUAUAGGGGACAGUCUUGCUCCAUAUUUCUUAUGUAUGUUUACACACACACACUUCUGGCAUUUCAAACAUGGUCUUUUUUCUUUACUAGAGGAGCAGAUAGGAGGAGAUUGGUAAAUGCCACACGCAAGAAAGUUUGGAUCUUUACAGAGUUAAACUUAUUUUCAGAUUGUACAUGAUGAUAGUUCUUUUUGGAAUGCGUGGAGGAUGAAUGUUGAGAUAUAUUUAUACUCUGACAGAAUGCCCCAUCUUCUAAACGUGUUUGACAGGUUUCUGUCACAUUUCUGUUGUUUUGGGGACAGUUGAGUGCAUAUUUUAUAGAUCAUGAAGACAAAUUGAAUACUAGUAAAUGUAUGUAAAGAUUUUUUGUUCAUUUGAAAAUAAUUGUUAUAUCUACCAAGAUCUGUUGAUGUAAUUUUUCUUAUAUUUGGUACUUCAUGUACAUUGUACUUACUUACUUAUUUUUUAACUUUGGAAUAAAAUUACAAUAAGUGAGAUCAGUGGUUUAGACUGUAGAAAGAUGAAGAUCCACAGUUAUAGCUCUCGGAAUACAUCAUUAUGAAACCUCUCAAAUCGGGGAGAAAUACUUACUUCUUGCAAAGUAAUUUUUUAUGUAUCUUACCAUGUUAAUAAUUAAUUAAACUUCAAUUCUUUACUGGGUUAUUUUCAACGUAUUACCCAGCCCCUAUUUUGUUGUAACUGAUGGAUUAUAGUCUGUCAAAAACCAUGUUGCUCUCUUUUUUUUUUUUUCUUUUUUUCCUUCAUUAAUAAUAAAUGAAUGGUGAAAUUAACUUUUGUCAGCAUGUUUUGGUCCUGAAAGGAAUCAGUUACAAAUAUAGACCAUGGCCUAUCGAUGGUUUAGACUCAUAUUUUUCCAUAAUUGAUCAAAUUGGAUAUGGGUUCCUGUCAUAAAUGUAUGCAAUAUAAAAGUGUGUGUUUCUUAAACAAGGAUUCCAUGUCUUAUGUCAUAACUAUCUGUUUAAUAAUGACUUGUGAAUUGUUUCUGUAAGGUACAUAUUUAUAUAUCUAAAUGAAGAUUGUGCUGUCAUUGACUUGUUACAUGCAAUUACACUAUAUUGUAUCGGUUAAGUGGUAUUUUCUGAGUCCACUACUCUGUGCAUCAUUCCCCUCUCUAUCUGGAUCUUCCAUGAUUGUGUUGUAAACUCGCAUUUCUCAUGGCAUGGUAGAAAUUUCAUGUUGUCAUGAUGUCAUGAUUUAUUCAUAAAUUUGUGGAUACAAAUAUUUACUUCCCUGUAAUAAGCACAAAUAGGUUGUUGGUUGAUUGAGCCUUGUAGAUAUCACUAUUAUGACUGAUUAACUGAUGUGUCUGUCUGUGCAGGAUAGUGUGAACAAUACUGUUUUAUAUUGUUUCAAUGCAUAUCUUGAUCACUGAGGUGUUGAUAAAUUUAUACAUAAAAUGAUUGCUGAUCUGAAGUGUUUAUGAUAAAAUGUCAGCAACAAUGAAGUGUUUAUUAUGGAAUAUCAGGAUCACUGAAGUGUUUAAAUGGGAUGUCAGGAUCACUGAAGUGUUUAAAUGAAAUGUCAGGAUCACUAAAGUGUUUAAAUGAAUGGUAAAUAUCAGGAUCACUGAAGUGAUUAAAUGAAAUAACAGGAUAAGUGAUAUGUUUAUCUAAAGGUUUAUCACUGAAAUGAUAUAUUGAAAUAUCAGGAUCACGGAAGUGUUUGUAAGAUACAUCAGGAUCAUGAAGAGUUUUAUAAUGAUCAUGACAACAUUGUGUUACAAGAUCAUGAUAUAUGAUGUAACUAUUUUUAAUAUACCUUUAAAAGCAGAUCAUAAUUGAAGGUACUUUAGAAAUUGAUGGUGCUGUAACUUACAUGUUCAGGUGGAUCAGUUCAGACACAAUAUCCAAACAACAUUCCUAAUUUACUACUAAAUAAGUAAGUACUUUGUUAAUGUUUAUAUCUACUAAAUAAUCAUUUUGGUAUUUCUUGUUUCUAAGUCUAGGACCAGAAAUUAUAGGAAGUUGAUGAUUUGUUUUUGACAGCUGUGAUAGUGGUUGUUAUAGAUUAGGAUUACAGGCAUCUAUUGUACAACUAAUAAAUCAUUUGUCACAGUUUUCUUGGCUGCUGUUAGCAGCGUUGUACAGGACAUGUUCAGUAUUGUUGAUUCCGAUAGACAUAGAUAAGUUGAUUCAAUGUUCAUAACUUAUAUAGUUUAGUUCCUAAAGAUACUUCACUGUACAGUGCAGUAGGUAACACCAUUCUCUAUCCAAUCACCAAAAUGUGGAAUAAAUUAGUGUUAUUUCUGCAGAUAGAAUUGAUGAAUAAGUUUAUCAGCGGACAUAGAUAUAUCUAUAUAGGUCUGUGGUCAUUCACAAUAAAGUUGUUCACAUUCACUCACUCAAGAUGAUAUUCAUGUUUUUUUCCAAGGAGAAUCAUUUCUGUAUAUGGAAUGUAAUGUUUUUGUCUUUUUUUCUGUGUUACUAGUAUCAGUUUUUAUCAUGAUUAAAUGUACUGGUUACAACUACAUUUGACAAAUUUCUGUUUACAAUGAUAGUGCAUAUAGAUUGUAUAAUGUAUCGCAAACAGUUGAACAAAAAGGCAACUCUUGAGAGUUAGGAUGCCAUUGGUCAGUGAAAUUGUAGGAAUCUGAUGUUUAGUGUAUAAGAUAAGAGAAAAGACCAUAGAUAUAUCCCAGUAUUAUAUAGACAUUAUAUACUUUAAGUGCUAUUUCUCUCUUUUACAGGGUUUUCUCUUAUUUUACAUACUACAUUAAAACUUACAUGUAAUUGUCCAUAUUCAUAAUCCAGAAUUGUUACAAUAGUGCUCAUGUCCUUGGAGUGCAGUUUGGCCUUUUUGACAUUCUGUAAGUUGUAAUUGCUAUGCGAGUAUAGUCUUAAUACACUCUUUUGUAUAUUAUAGUUUCCCAUCGUUUGUCAGAAAUGAAAAAUUAAUCAACUUGAUACAAAAUAAAAAGUAACAGAAUU